AUGCUUGUGGAACUCGAGGAGCUCGUGGUGUUGCGCGAAUUGCUCUCGUCAGUGGAGAGUGAGGAGUUGAGGGGUGCUUUGGAGCAGGAGUGCAGGGACUUCUCCCGCAGAAUGUCCGCCAUGGACCAGGAGGUGGAAAGGAAAGUGGGGGAAAUUAAGGAGAGCGACCAGCAGCACCAAAUGCUCACCCAGUCGUUUGACCACACAGUAUCUACUCUGAAAGACUGUCAAGAGGACUCCAUCAACAGACUCAUCCACGACUACAACUUGAACUUGGAACACCUGCUGAACACGUACAAUGCAGAAAUGGACAACAACACCGCCAAACACAGAGACAAAAUGGGAGACAUGACAGAUUGCAUGUUGGCUCUGGACUCCAAUUUCAACGAAGACGAAAAAGAUUUGCAGACACAUCACAAGAACCUGCAGAAGUUUAUGGAUCUGCAGGGAUGGGGUAUCCGUGAGACGCAGAAUGUGCGAAUAGCGAGUGAGAGUGUGAUUGAGGAGUACUGGAGGAAGUAUGAAGACACUCUCUACAAGUUCAACACAGACACCAGAAGACUCAAGAGUGAAUUGAUGAAGAGAAGGAGACUGCAGAGCAACUUGAAGACUGUGAAAAGCCGAGUGCGAAGCAUCAACAGAGAAACCGUGAACACUUUGAAUGCCAUCUCACGAGAACAGAAGAUCCUGUUCGAUUUCUACAUGAAGCUACGACAAGUGUUGAAGGAAAACGAACGCGUCAAAGACGUGCAAUUGACUAAACUAUGUACGGAAAGUGAAGCUGCGUUGAAAAACUUAAAGGAAAGUUUGGAUCUGGCUGAAAAAAUUGUCAAAUUAGGUCAGAACAAUCCAAACAAGAUCAAACAUGAACAUAAGAUGCUGGAAACACUUAGACGACAUAUGUGCCGAUGUUUGGAGUCGGAAAGUGAGAAAGUCACACCUUUUUUGAAGGAGGGAAAUUUGGACCAGACUGAACUGAAUGUUCUACAUGAGAAAAUGUGGAAAAACUUCGAAGAGCCUCUGAAUAAAGACGUGCACAUUUACAGCCGAGUUCAAAAGUUGGAGCAAAGAAUGAGCAAGACUGUGUUAGAUGACGCAAUAGUAAGAGCCGAAAUCAGCCAGUACGACAGAUCGAUUGAUUGGCUCAAAAAACAACUCAAGUUGUACUUGGAAGACAUAAGUGUAACUAGCGAGUUGGAAGAUUAUGACAAAUGUCAUCGAUUGCUUAUGGUGGAGAAAUUAUCUGAUGGAAAUGAAGAAGGGGAUUACGCCAACCCAAAUCAUGGAACUGCGGCUGAUCAAUGA